CUUCAACAAAGAAAAGCUGCACCGAAUACCAAGAUCACCAAAGGCCGCACCGGACACCGCUCAAGUGCUCUGCAGAGGAGCUGCAUGACUGGGUACAGUCAAGAAAGGAAGCAAUCUCGGUCCCCUUGUACCAGCAUGGGCUCGCCGUCUCGCGAGGGCGUGCUUCAGUAGUUCGUCUGUUUGCCAAGUUCAAAAGGACUUGGUUUCCUCUCUCUCUCCUUUCUGGCUUGCCGCUGCAAGCCCUGGCCUGCCUGUCUUGAGUCUCCUUACUUAGCUCUUCCCACGGACCUUUUUUCUUUUCUUCUCGUAGAUAACCAUCCGCAACUUUGCUUGCAUCCGUACUCCUAUCCGCAUUCGAGACAUCUAGUCCCCACUGAUACUCACCGCCAUGCUAUCACUGGCGUCUCUUCUUAAUCCCGCCCCUCCAGGGCCACCAAUCAACAGGUUUCCUCCAAGCCCAGCCUCGUCGUCUUCCCCAACGGCGUCCAUACCAGACGAGCCGGAUCUUCUAGGCCAGCACGUAAUGGCUAAGCAAAAGAUACCAAAGUCUGCGGCCCUGUUGCCCACGAGUAGACCCAAGGGCGUUGUCAACUUCCCCCCUUUCGAAAACCUGGACGAGGCGUCGCUCCGCCAAGUUCGGCAAUUUCGCGUCUGUCCCUUCGGGAACAUACAGGGCCAGUCCCGGCACAUCCCUUAUAACAGCACGAAGAAGGGUUUCUUCGAGAAGACUGGCCGAGAAAGUUUCGAAGUUUUCCAGUAUACUUUUAAAGUCCCCGGGGACGAGACCGAAUAUACCGUCAUGUGGGAUUACAAUGUCGGCCUCGUCCGCAUGACCCCUUUCUUCAAAUGCUGCAAAUACCCCAAGACGACGCCAGCAAAGAUGCUAAACUUAAAUCCGGGGCUUAAGGAGAUCACGCACAGCAUUACGGGGGGCUCCAUCAUGGCCCAAGGUUAUUGGAUGCCGUAUUACUCCGCAAAAGCCGUAUGCGCGACCUUCUGCCACAACAUCGCAGGGGCCCUCAUACCCAUCUUCGGUCCCGACUUCCCCUCGCACUGCACGCCCUCGGAAGCGCCAGAGUACAGCCGCAUGACCAUCGACCCGGCCAUCGUGCUCCAAUCCACGCGAGAAGCGGAGCACUUCCGCAUGCUAUGCAGCAUCAACUCGGCCGCAGCCGCCGCCAACGCCAGCAACAGCAACAACAACAACAACAACCAUCACCAUGCGCACUACCGCCGCCGCCCGGUCCCAAAGGCCCUCCCAACACCUAAUAGCCCGUAUGCUACGGACCCGGAUAGCGACACCUCACCUAUAGCCGCGGAGCACGCCCACCGCCCUCGCUACCCGUUCUCUCCCGUCCAACUACCUCCGCCGCCGACGAUAGCAGCAGCAGCAGCAUCCUCCCUGCAGCCCACGAGCAGCGGCUGGACGCCCGCGAACGUAGUUUCGCCGCACCGCCACCAGCACCAGCACCAGCACUACGAGCCCUCCGGACUGAGCCCCUGGCUCACCGCCGUCCCACGCUUCACCACCGAGACACACAUCCGGCCGUACCCUGCUCCUCUCUCCGCCCCCCUCCCCGCUGCCCCCCUCGUCCCUCCCACGCCAUCCUCGCAUCCCUGGCGAGGCAAGCGAGCAGCCGAGCACGUGACGGAGACCGAUUACUCGCCGCAGCAGCAGCGCAUCAUCACUAGCAACAUCAGCAGCGGCCGAACUGCGGCGGAACCCGUCCACCAAGACCCUCGCAACGGCAGCAGCAGGAGCAACAGCAAUAGCAGUAGCAGCAAGAUAAAACGCCUGCCGCCGAGCGACUCGCCGCUAGGCGCGGCCGGGGGGCGCGCGGACAAGAACGCGGCGCUGCUCUUGAUGAACCUCAGCGUUAGGGACUCGCGGGGCGGUGGAGGAGGAGGUACCAGGAGCGGAGGGUAUGGCGGCGGUAGCACGACGGCGGCGACGACGACGGUGUCGGGAACGAGUUCGCCUGGGGACGGGGCGUUUCCACGCGUUAAGAGGGUUAGGUCGAAUUCGAUGUGAGGACCUACCUAAGGUACCUAGGUAGGGCAGGGUAAGGUCGCUUGUCUAGGUUGAGCUUACUCCGAAUAUGGUUCAAGAAAAGGGGAGAGGGGGAAGGAGGAGAGAGGUGUCGGACAACUUUGGUUUUACUACUGGGAUAGACAUCGGGCCGGGGUGAAAAUUGGGAAAGGGGACUUUGGAGUUUAUGCGUACGCCCCUUUUGAGGUCAAAAUUGGGCACGGCAGUAGCGGCGGCGGCGAUGGCGGCGGCGGCGUUCUACC